CCGGUAUUUUCUAGUAGUAGAGUUUAAAAACAGCUGUAUGGUUAAAAUGCCCAUAUAUAAACGAGUAAUAUUCAGUAUGUCACUUAUGUACUUCUGCAUAUAAGUCACAGAAUAAGAGGACACCAAAGUAAUAGUAAACGACCCCUCCCCUUGCACAUUUUUAAUAUUCUUCCUUAAAUUCUCUUGUUUUAUAAACAUACGUAAUGUGCUCAAAAACAAACCUGAAAGGCAUCAUUGAGUUUGUAAUGUUCUGUAACUUUAUUUUUUCACUUAAUGUAUCUUGUGAAAUAUUUACAUAUUUUUACAUAUUAGCACACGUUUUCUUCCUAUUAAUGGCCGCAUAAUAUUCCGCUCCUUUACCUGUAUUUGCCGUUGUUUUCAAUGGGUUUCAUUUUUAGGCUUCCAAGGAAGUGACAUAGAAACUCCAGUAGUUAUUUUAGAGUUUAUGAUCAUUUCUUUGUUUUGUCUGCUUGGCUCAUUUUCUGUCUGAUCUGUUGCAAACCCCCAUUUAAGGAUACUUAUUUCAGGCUCCUGGUUCUAAGAACUAUUUUAACUUCAAACUGAAAGAGGAUUUUUUUUUCUAAGAAUUCCUAGCUGACGGGGAGGCUGAAGGCUACUCUUCAUCGAAAAGUAUUGUUAGAUUGGUGCUUAGUAAAUGUUGAUUAGAAAAAGUCACCAAAGCACAUGCUUAUCAAAUCAAUUAUGAAGAUUGCCACGGUUAGUCAGCAUUUAGUAGGACCUCAAGAUAAAACUAUUUCAGAGGGACCAAUAAAACGGGCAUUCCAGUACUGCACAAAGGAUCAAGAUUUAGCUCACAGUAUAAACGUUUGUAUACAGAAAACACUUUAGAGAAAUAGUUUACCAAAUAAUACAUGUUUGUAUAUUUAAAUCCUUACAGGUGCAAAGAACAGUGAUUAUCACAUAAAUGGGGAGAAAGGCAAAGGAAAUGCUUUUCGUUGUAGAUUGGGCCCCUAAACAGAAACUGCACCUUUAGUAUGAAGAAGGGAAGAGGAAGAACAAGCCGGAUCAGAAGACGAAAACUCUUCAGAAGUUCUGAAUCAAGAGGAGGUACAGUGAAUGAGAGCUACAAGCCUGAAUUUAUAGAGCUUAAGAGGUGGCUGAAAAAUAGGAAGUUUGAAGAUCCAAACUUAAUACCUGCUAGAUUUCCAGGUACAGGAAGAGGGCUGAUGAGCAAAACAUCCCUGCGGGAGGGACAGGUGAUUAUUUCGUUGCCCGAGAGUUGCCUGCUCACUACGGACACAGUGAUGAGGAGCUACUUAGGGGUGUACGUUGCUAAGUGGCAGCCUCCUCCGUCUCCACUGCUGGCUCUGUGCACCUUUUUAGUUGCAGAAAAGCAUGCUGGGACUCGUUCUCCCUGGAAGCCUUACCUGGAGAUUUUACCGAAGGCCUACACCUGCCCUGUUUGUUUGGAGCCGGAAGUGGUGAAUCUUCUUCCCAAACCUUUGAAGGCAAAGGCCAGAGAGCAGAGAAUCCGUGUGCAGGAGUUCUUUACUUCCUCCAGAGACUUUUUCUCCUCCCUGCAGCCUCUGUUUUCUGAGGCUGUUGAGAACAUCUUUAGCUACAGCGCCCUCCUGUGGGCGUGGUGCACCGUCAACACCAGAGCUGUGUACAUGAAGCUCGGGCGGAGGCAGUGCUUUUCUGCAGAGCCAGACAUCUGUGCACUCGCCCCAUACCUGGAUCUGCUGAAUCACAGCCCAGAUGUCCAGGUAAAAGCAGCUUUUAAUGAGGAAACUCGCUGUUAUGAAAUCAGAACAGCUUCCAGUUGUAGACCGCACGAGGAGGUGUUCAUCUGCUACGGCCCUCACGAUAACCAGCGGCUGCUCCUGGAGUAUGGAUUCGUUUCCACGCGUAAUCCUCAUGCUUGUGUUUAUGUCUCCAAAGAUAUACUUGUUAAGUAUCUUCCAUCAACAGAUAAACAGAUGAACAAAAAGAUUUCCAUUUUAAAGGAUCAUGGCUUUAUAGAAAACUUGACAUUUGGAUGGGAUGGACCAUCUUGGAGGCUGCUCACAGCUCUUAAGUUGUUAUGCCUGGAAGCUUCAGAAUUUACAUGCUGGAAAAAAGUACUUCUUGGGGAAAUAAUUUCAGAUACAAAUGAGAAGACAAGUUUGGACAUAGCCCAGAAAAUAUGCCAUUAUUUCAUAGAGGAGACUAAUGCUGUGCUUCAAAAGGUUUCUCAUAUGAAAGACGAAGACGUGGCUUUGGUAAACCAACUAACUUUGGUGGAAACACUGUGGAUAGAAGAGCUAAAGAUUCUCCAGACAUCUGCUGAGCUCCUACAUAAUUUGCAAACAGCUUUUAUGUAACUUCACUGAAGUGCUUUUGAUCACCUCCUAUGGUGGGUGUGAUGACUUAAACAUUUUAAAACUAGGUUUACUUUAUGUAGAAUCAUGUAUAGUCAAUGGAUGGUUUCUAUUAAACAAUUACAUACUUAAUCCUGUUCCUUUAACUUUUUCCGGUCCGUGGGAUGGAGUGGUGGCCCCUAAGACCUUGAAGGGUAUCUGCAGGGGACAGAGCAGAUGCUGGGGACCCCGAGCUGUAAGUGAGGAUGGAUUUGCUGUGCUAAUGGCACUUCUCGUAUCUCAAAAUAAACAGCCGUCCUGAAGGAAGAAGUCUGAGAAAAGGACUGAACAUGAGGGGAGAGGGAGGUGGUGAGGGACCAGGGUCAGCCGGCCUCCGUGUGUGGUCUUUCACUGGGUGUCCUGCUUCUUAUCUGACUCAGCAGCUGGA